GCUGUCGUUCUCUCUACUAACUCGAGCGUCCCUUGGUAAAACCGUUCUGAGUUCCCGAAUAGUUCAACCCCUCCAACAACUUCGCGAUAAUAGAUGUGCAACCGAUCGCGGCUUAUCAGUGCUGUAUUUCUUCUUCAGAUAUUCCCAGCCAGACAAGCGAACCUUCAUCGCUAUGCUACUUUCCCUGCUUUCGCAAUCGGUGUCCCAGGACGAAGUUUUUCUUGAUUCUGUCUACCAACGUUGCAUACGGACAGACCAGGAAAAGAUCCAGUCCUUGUCUCUUUUGCGCGAACUCGCAGAGCUGGUCCUGGCGGCCCAUACCACAUACUUUAUCUUCGUGGAUGGGCUCGACGAAUGUCUCGGAGUCCCAGGCGAGGAUUUUGAGAAAGCACAGCGCGAGGUCAUUGACUGGCUCGAGUCUCUGGGUAGAGCUUCAGGCGUCAGCCACGGGCACGAGGCCAGCGUCGGAGAUAACGAGCAUUGCAUCUGGCUCCUCGCGAGUGCCCAAAGAAGUUCACUGUUGGAAGAACGGUUGAGCCAGUGGGAGACCAUACAGCUCGACUCCGUUGAUUCCCACUUGAACGACAUCAAGGUAUAUGUCGAGUCCGAAAGCACUCAGAUACAGCGAAAGUUUCACAUCAGCAUUGAUGCUAGACUGGACCUUACCACCAGAGUGCUCUCGACAGCGAAAGGCAUGUUUCUUUACGCAAAGGUUGAGCUUGGUAAUCUCCUCAAUCAAUAUACAGUGGCCUUUUUUAAGAGAGAACUCGUGGAAGAGAACUUCCCAAAGGGAAUGGAUCAAGCAUAAGGUUCUAGCAGCCCGUAAUCAUGACGAGGGCGAAAGUCGUUAACAUGGGUUCUCCCUGAUAUGAGCGGGUCGUCGUCCACG